AUGCACAUCACCAUCCUCGAUAUCUCAUCUGAUACGCUUGCGUACGCGAUCGAAGACACCUUCCCCGCUGCUGCAAACGCAUCAUACGCUCGAUGGGAACCACUGGAAGUAAACGGCGGGCUCGAGAUCUUCAACCUAGCUAUUAUUAAUGCAGGACGUAUUUGUAUUGUUGUAACGGAGGACCUUCAUCUCAAGCGUCGAACACCUCCCCGAAGCAAUUCCCACUCACUUCGCCCCCACGAUCUUGGGCGUUUACCACCCUCGCUCCUCGUGACAACCCCUUCGUACGGCUUCAACGCGCAUUUUAGCCCUCCUGGCUUGACGAACACCGCCACUGGCUUCCCCGAUCCUACGAAACGCACAGACAGGGUGUUUAGGCACCACGACCACAAAUUCGAAUGGACAGUCGAGGAGUUCCAGGAGUGGUGCAGGCAUCGCGCAGGAAUGGGGAUACGACGACUAUUGGCCGUGCGCAGCAGAAAGAUAGGUGGGGCCGAAAUGAAGAACUCGGGGAGGAAAUCCUGGUUUAUAGAGGAGAUCGGAGCGAUGUGUGGCGGGUGGUUCGAAGUUCUGAUCCAGGCUAUUGAGGCAAGUGCGAAGUUUGAUCUUCAAAGAAGCAAGGGCCAGAGAAGGGGAGAUUGGCGGGCGCUGCUAGGUGGAGGCGGGCUUGCAAGGAAGAAGAGGAUUUUUGAAUGGGCUCAAGAAGAACCGGCGGAUGAUUUGUUUGAGGAGGUCCUGCAAUCGGAAGGAUAUCGUUCUGAUGACGACCCGGGACUCGACUGGGGAAGUGAUCCGUAUUCUUCAGACUAUGGCGUUGAUUUUUUGAAAUCGUGGGACCUGAAGAAAAGACGGCAAUGCAUGGGGGAAGGAGUCUGCUUGGACGAGCGAGUCUUGUGAAGACGACGUAGUUGACUGGAGCAGGUGGAGCACUUUGUCUGCAGCUUGGGACCUUGCCAAUAGACCAGAAUGAGCGCAGAACACCAGAC